UCCUGUGAAUGAUGUGAGAUAUAAGAUAUGAUAUCUGGCAAAUAUUUUGAUGCUGAGAUUAAAUAAAAAGGCGAAACCCAACCAAUGGAAACAGAGUGUAGGGAACUUAUGGAAUGGUCUUCAUCAUCAUCAAAUUAUUUUACUCCCAAGGAAACAACUGCAUUGAAAGAAUUCCUCCAUACACUUAAUUUUGAAGAACUUUGUCAACUUCUUAAAGUGUUUGAAGUAAGAUGUUUAAUUAGCCAAGAAUUCUAUUGUUUUCUCCAUGAAGUUUAUCUUAAGCAAAGAGAAAAUAUGAACGAAAUGUUUCAUAUACUGACUACCUACUUGUCAGGCAGAUGUACGUUAGGUUUACAAUAUGUAAUAUUUGUGUUACAUAAUUUUGGCUCUGUGAUCUUUUCCCAGCAAUUAUAUAACGUUCAUCAAAAUUUGAUAGAAUUGUUAAAUGGAAAACCACUACUUGUUCACAAAAUAGACACUUCUUGCAGGAAAAAAAUUCAGGUCUAUUUUGAAUUAAUGAAAAUAAAUAUUCAAAAUAUGGUCUUUCAUGACCCCAUAACUUACUUCACAAAUCUCUCAAACAAAAUACGACAAAAAAUAUAUACCACUACUCCGUGCUCAGAAGAAAGAAUCCUUCAAGAGGUCUGCGAUAAAUAUGUUGUUUUGUUAGCUUUAACUAUUGAUUCGCUGGCUAACAAGACAAAUCAAAUUGAUCCGGACCAUCAACUCUUCCAGGAUAUGGAAGCCAUCAUAUCUAUGACGUCAUGUCCGGAUCUAUCCCGAUGUAUGUUAUACGGUAGAAGAGCUGUGGUUUUGUCGUUUGCAAACAGAAAGGAAGAGGGUGAGGACUUGGUCAGAGAAGGUCUGAUCUGCGCAGAUAGAGUUUCUAGUUGUUUGGAAUCAGUCGACUUGCUUUAUAAGAUAGUUCUUUUUCGAAGGGCCUGGUUCGAGCACUGCCCUCAAAUUAUUAUAAACUGGAUUUAUGAGCAUACUCAAAAGGCGCUACAAAUCCUAGAAAACGAGCCGGAAGACAUUCGUGUAUUUUGGACCAGGAGGUUUAUGUUUCGGUUACUUUUCUGUUUCUUGGGAUUAGGGAUGCGUUGUCGCUUUAUUGAGCACUUUUACUGCCCCUUCUAUAUAUUACUAGAAGCAGAGAGACUACUUGACAAAUAUGACUCACCGGAUACAGAAUAUCGCCUGAAAAUGUAUUUUUCCAUUGCUAAAUCUCGAUUGUGGCAUUUGAAAGGCGAUACUGAUACAGCCUUGAAACAUCUGGUUAAAGCAAAAGAAAUUGCAUCAAAAGGCAAAUACAGCGAACUAAAAACAAUUCUAGAGGCAGAACAAACAUUGUUUUUGCCAGACGUUACACCCUUGUUUAUUGAAACAGAAAAUGAUAAUAAUGACAUGGAUGAUAUCAGUAUGAUAGAACCAAUCCAUCUUCCACCUACUUAUUACCUUCCACAAUCAAUCAACUUGAACGAUCUUCAUGUUAGCUUGACAUCUCCGUCAAUUUCCCCCAUCCCUGUCCAAGAAAACAGUCCUCAAAACGAAGCUCUGGGAAAUAACUCUCUUACAUCAAUGAAAGAAGACACGAUUUCUGAACAAAACAAUUCUGAUUUGACAGAAGAACCACCUAGAUCCCACGAUUUUUCAGUGGAUGUCAUUCACAUUAAGUCAUCCAAAGUAAAUUAUCCAAAUGUGUAGAUUACUGCAAAAAGAUUUAAAAAAAAAAACCCACAGUGUAAUAUUUUUUAUAUGGAAAAUCGUAACGCAACAUAAUUUGUGUACUGGUGUUUAAAUUCUCAACACGUAAUAUUUUAAAUCUGUUUCCAAUUUGUAAUAGAUACAAUUGAUUUAAAAACGUUUUUGAACUGUUAAAGGUAUCUAUUCAAAGAUGCAACUCACUUCCAGGAUUCAACGUAAGAAAUGAAUGUGUUUUAUUUUCUGCCGAAUCCCUAACCUUUUUCUGGAAUCUUUUUUUUUUUAAAGUUGUACAUACACGACAUAUUUUUAUUUAUAUUUUUGCUUGAGUCUUUCAUCAUUCUUCUGUGAUCAUUAAAUUUUAAGAAGUAGUUGUAGAUUUGUUAUAUUCAUGAUAUAAUCAAAUUAAAUAAUUGAUAGAUGGUUAAUGAGAUUGUUGAUAUAAAUUGACCAUUGAUUUACUUUUCAUUGUCAAACAUACUUCAUGAACAUAUU